CUCCCUUUCGCGCCGCGUCGCAGCACCCCCCUCCCCCUUUCACGCCGCCUCGCUGGCUCGUAGGGUAGGGAAACGAAAAUGUAUAGCAGAACUACAUGAUACAAAGUGUUCUGUCUACGACGACGCGCCCGACACGUCCUCCCCCGCCUCUCCUUCGUCUUCCCCACCUCCCCUUCGUCCCUCCCCCGCCUCUCCUUCGUCUUCCCUUCGUCCCUCCCCCGCCUCACCUUCAUCCUCCCCCGCCUCCCCUUCGUCCUCCCACCUCUCCUUCGUCCCUCCCACAUCCCUCUGAGCUCUCCCCCGCCUCCCCCCCUUCCUUCUGGUGCACGCCCGUCGCCCUUCGGCGCGCGCGAACGUCGCCACAUCUUCGUGCCACCUCCUCUUCGCGCGCACGUGCCCCCUCCCCACCCUCUCGCCCGCCUCGAAGCCGCCCGCCCGCCUCGAAGCUGCCCGCCAACAAGUGCCGCGGCCCCUUCUCGUCCCCCUUCUUGCUCUUCUUCUUUUUCUCCGUCUCCCCGCCCUUCUCGAGGGCCUUCCUCCCCCGCUCCCAGCGGCCCUCUCCGUGUCCUCCCCUCAGCGCCCCUCUCCGUGUCCUCCCCCCUCCUUCGUCCUUGGGCGCUACGAUAUUCUCGUCGUCGCGAGCACUGGCAAAGUUGUAGACGAGGCUGGGAGGGUCAAGAAUGCAAUAUGGACAAUGAGGAUACA